UUCUGUGCACCUGCAAGUACACUCUCUCUCUCUCUGUCUCUCUGUAUUUUCUCUCUCCUCUGCGAUCGGUUCUUACUUCUUCCCUCACUCCGUGAUCGGAACCCUAAAUCUUCCGUCACGAUCCUAUUUCGCGCGUAGAUUCCACUCUUCAGAGUACCCAACCCGCCAACAAUCCCAUACUCAACCACAUUCUUCUCUCUCACCUCCUCUUUUCAACUCAUCACUGUUCUAGAAGAUUCCCACGAGAGACUAACAUUCCCUUUUCGGUGUGUCCUGAUCGGAACCCAAAGGGGUCUCAGAAACACGCACAAAUUUCAUAACUUUUCAUAUACCGUUUUCUGUCUCUGUGUGUGUGUCUGUUUUGUGCGUUUGUGGUGCUUUUUUGUAUGUCUUGUUUGGGUAAUUUUGAGAGAAGAGGAUGAGAUUUGAAGGAUGAACGAUGCCUGUGCUGCGUAGCGGAGCGCGCAGGGGCCGGGCAGCAGCGAAGAAGAAGAAGCAGCAAGAACAGCAGGAGGAGCCACAGCCACAGCCACAUCAGCAGCAGAGUCCAGUGGUGGAAGAGGAAGCGAUUGCUACGAGAACAAGGAGGCGUCGUGCAGCAGCGGCGGCAGCAGAGGUUAUUGUGCCAAAGAAUAGCAAUAAAAGGAAGGAGGAGGCGCUGCUGAAGGUCAAUGAGAGGGUAGUUGUUGGGAAGGAAGAAGAGAAGAAGGGAAUUGAGGUAGGUGAAGGAGCCGAUAAAGAAGAAGUAGGAGAGAAACAGAUGGAUGAUUUCGACAGCGGCGGCCGCAGCAAUAAGGCCAAUGCUGGUGAAGAUGAGGGCAGCACUGCUCCCCUUCCAGAGAAGAUUCAAGUAGGUGGUUCCCCUUUGUAUAAAUUAGAAAGAAAACUUGGAAAGGGUGGAUUUGGUCAAGUAUAUGUUGGUCGACGUCUUACUGGUGGAAAUUUGAAUGAGAGAACUGGACCUGGAGCUGUAGAGGUUGCAUUAAAAUUUGAGCAUAGAAGUAGUAAAGGAUGUAAUUAUGGACCACCAUACGAGUGGCAAGUGUACAAUACUCUUGGUGGCAGUCAUGGUGUGCCUCAAGUACAUUACAAGGGCAGGCAAGGUGACUAUUAUGUUAUGGUUAUGGAUAUGCUGGGUCCGAGCUUGUGGGACGUUUGGAAUAACAACUCCCACAGCAUGUCCACUGAAAUGGUCGCAUGUAUUGCCAUCGAGGCAAUAUCCAUCUUGGAGAAGAUGCACUCUCGAGGGUAUGUGCAUGGGGAUGUGAAGCCUGAAAAUUUUCUGCUUGGUCCUCCUGGGACACCUAAUGAGAAGAAAUUGUUUCUUGUCGAUCUUGGUUUGGCUACUAAAUGGCGAGACAGUACAACGGGUUUGCAUGUAGAAUAUGACCAAAGGCCAGAUGUUUUCAGGGGCACAGUCCGUUAUGCUAGUGCAAAUGCCCAUUUAGGGAGAACUGGAAGCAGGAGGGAUGAUUUGGAAUCUCUAGCUUAUACACUGAUUUUUCUUCUUCGAGGUCGUCUUCCUUGGCAGGGUUUCCAGGGAGAAAACAAAGGAUUUCUUGUUUGCAAGAAGAAGAUGGGAACGCCUCCGGACAGCUUAUGUUGCUUUUGCCCCCAGCCUUUUAAACUAUUUGUUGAACAUGUUGUGAACUUAAAGUUCGAUGAAGAACCUAACUAUGCAAAAUACAUUUCUUUCUUCGAUGGAAUUGUUGGUCCAAAUCCAGAUAUCAGGCCGAUUAAUACAGAAGGAGCACAAAAGCUCAUUGGCCACAAGAGAGGCCGGCAGGCAAUGGAAGAUGAUGAUGAUGAACAACCAAAAAAGAAGUAUCGUAUGGGUUUGCCAGCAACUCAGUGGAUAAGCGUUUACAAUGCUCGUAGACCUAUGAAACAAAGAUAUCACUACAAUGUGUCUGAUCAAAGGCUAUCCCAGCACAUUGAGAAAGGAAACGAGGAUGGUUUAUAUAUUAGCAGUGUUGCUUCAUGUCAGAACCUGUGGGCCUUAAUAAUGGAUGCAGGAACAGGUUUCACUUCCCAAGUGUAUGAACUUUCCUAUUACUUUCUCCAUAAGGAAUGGAUCAUGGAGCAGUGGGAAAAAAAUUACUAUAUCAGCGCAAUUGCCGGAGCUGCAAAUGGAAGCUCGCUAGUAGUCAUGUCUAAGGGCACACAGUAUCUGCAGCAAUCAUACAAAGUUAGUGAUUCGUUUCCUUUCAAGUGGAUCAACAAAAAAUGGAGGGAGGGAUUUUAUGUCACUUCAAUGGCUACUUCAUUGAACAGAUGGGGAGUAGUCAUGUCUCGUGGUGCAGGAUUUUCGGACCAGGUGGUUGAGCUAGAUUUCCUGUACCCUAGUGAAGGGAUUCACAAGCGGUGGGAUUGUGGAUACCGAAUCACCUCGACUGCCGCAACAUGGGACCAAGCGGCUUUUGUCCUGAGUGUGCCCAGGAAGAAGCCUGUGGAUGAAACUCAGGAAACACUUCGGACUUCUGCCUUUCCGAGUACGCAUGUCAAGGAGAAGUGGGGGAAGAACCUCUACAUUGCUUCUAUAUGCUAUGGACGUACAGUUUCUUGACCCUGCAUGUGUCAGUUGCGGUUCUGGUGAUUAUGGCUGUUCUGCUACCACGCCCCAACUCGAACACGGUGAAGAUAUGUGAAGUGACACGAUUGAUGAUGGCGCAGUGCAGGCUCCGAGAAAUUUUGAUGGCGACACGAAAAAGGGCUUAACAUUGUUUGUAGGUAGCACAUUAUCUUGGGUUAAAAGUAAUAUCUGAAAGUUGCCAUUGGGGUGGUAAAUUGGUUCAUGUCAAAAUAUCAGUUAAUGUUAUGCAAAGGAGUCACCUGUUUUUCUUCCCCUUUAAUGUGAUUUUACUUACCCUGUUAAGGACAUGUUUAUAUAGGUUCAUGGUUAUUCCAUA